AUGGCCGUCGUCAAGGUCACAAAUAAGGGUGUAGACUUAGCCCGUCGCCUCAUCCCCAAGGCGCGCGCUGCUUCAACAGCAGCAGUGAUUGCGCAGACAGCCGCAAGACAUGGCAUGCCCCCAGGCUUCAAAGCCAAGGUCGGUAGGUUAGAGACCUUUACUCUUCCCGAAAGAGUCUCGGGGUCUGUAUCCGACAAGGCCAUCGCAGAUGCCAUGAUAGGUGCCUGGCGCAGAGAUGGCAUUCUCCAAAUUGGCAUGUCCAAGCCACAGCAGAGAAUAUACCAAGCCGCCAAUGCCGCAAGCAGGCGCUUCUUCGCCCAGCCGCAUGUACUGAAGCAAGCCUGUGUAGACGACAUGAGCUACUCGGGAUAUAUUGCCUCUGGUGAAGAGAUCACAGACGGUAUUGCCGACUACUCAGAAAUCUUCACCGUGACCAAAGAUCUUCCGCACACCGAUGAGCGGGUCGCCCGAGGCUGGCCGUGUCAUGGACCUUGCCCAUGGCUGGACCAGCACAUGAAAGCAAUCAUGACCAAAUACAUGAAUGAUUUGGCCGAAUCUGGAGAGAAGCUCCUGCAGCUGAUCGAAAUGGGACUGGAUAUCCCCACAGGAUCACUAACGAGAUACACAAACGAUGGGUGGCACCACAUGCGCGUCCUGAGAUUUCCGCAAAAUGAUAGGACGAACGGCAAAGGCAAGAAGGGGCGAGGCAUUGGCUCCCAUACUGACUAUGGCUUGCUUGUCAUUGCAGCUCAAGAUGACGUUGGAGGGCUUUUUGUUCGGCCACCGCAUGAAAAUGAACGAUUUUCCAACUGGGAAAAGAGCUCGGCUGGCCUACGGGAAAAUGAGGCCGGAUGGGUGUACGUGCCUCCGGUUGCUGGUACAUUCACAGUCUUUCCAGGCGAUAUGAUGCAGUACAUGACCAACAACGUUCUGCAGUCAACACCGCACAAGGUCGGGCUCAACGUCCGUGAACGGUUCGCAUUUGCGUACUUUCACGAGCCCAACUUUCGUUCCGUCAUACGGCCGCUGCCGGGUCACAAUGCCGGACAGUCGCCAAUUGAAGGAAUCCAUUACGGCACGCAUUUCACCAACAUGUUUCUGAGGAACUACCCCGACCGCGUCACCACUGCUCGGCUUCGAGAGGAGGGUCGGUAUCGGCUACUUGAGUCGGAGGAGCUUCGCGACGGCGAUGACGUACUGUGA